GUCAGACGGCAGCUGCCAUCCAAACAAACAAACAUGGAUAACUCUGAUGAACCUGAGGACCUUCUGGAUGGGAAAUUCGUGUUCCAAAAAAACAAAGAUGGAACAUUCAAUAAAACCAAGGUGAUGUGCACACUCUGCGGGAAGAUGUUAUCGUUUCACCGUAGCAAUACCAGCCUAAAGUACCACCUCAACGCGAAGCAUGCGUUUGUCGGCGAGGGGCGUUCAAGUGCAAUGCGCCAAACCACUCUGACUGAACAACGUAGGCCCCUCACUAAGUCUGCCUGUGACAAGUUGACUAGCACAGUUGCCAAGUGGAUUGCAAAAAGCUGUAGACCGAUUAAUAUUGUUGAGGAUGAGGGGUUCACCGAAGUUUUGCGAGUGGCAACGGGGGACUCGAGCAUCAGAGCACCGCAAAGACGCACAAUAAUGACUCAAAUCGACGAGCUGUAUGAAGCUGAAAAGAAAAAAAAGGAAAAUGACUUGGCUGCUACGAAUUAUGUGGCGCUGACAGGGGAUCACUGGACCUCUGUGAGUAACAAUAACUACCUGGGUGUAACUGCACAUCUAAUCACCGACGGAUGGAAGUUAAAGUCGUUUGCACUAACGUGCAUGAAAACAGAAGAGCGCCACUUUGCAGAGGCAUGUGCGGAACAGUUCCAAACUGUUGCAAGCAACUGGGCAAUUGAAGACAAAACGACCACUAUAGGGACAGACAGUGCACGCAAUAUGAUAGCCGCGGCUGGACUACUUUCAUAUGAACACAUGCCGUGCAUCGCUCACAUCUUGCAGAGAAGCAUCACCGUGAGCCUCGCUGACAGCGGAUUUGUGAAUGCGCUGUCCAAGUGUCGCAAAAUUGUCGGCCACUUCAAACACAGCCCCACUGUUGGAGCUCAACGCAGAGCAAGAGAACCGCAUGCAGGUGCAGCAGCCACUGAUCCAAGACGUCCCAACACGCUGGAACUCAACGCUGGACAUGGUUAAGCGUCUGAUCGGCAAUAAGGAUGCAGUGACAGCAGCCCUGGACCAGCACAACCACAAACUAGUGAUGCUUACACAACAAGAAUGGGACAAACUGCAGAGACUGGAGUCUCUUCUAGAUCCCUGCAAGUAUGUAACGGAAAUUCUGGGUGGGGAGGCCUAUGUCUCCUGCUCUGUGGUACUGCCUGCACUCUGCCACCUGCGUCAUGUAAUGGAAGUCACCGAAGAUGACCCUGCAUAUGUGGUGAAAUUUAAGACGGCAUUCAAGACAGACCUAGCCUCCCGUCAAAAAAAUACCAACAAUGAAUGGCUCAAGAUUGCAACAGCGCUGGAUCCACGUUUUAAAGACCUGAAGAGCCUACCCAAGAGUGAGAGACCAGAGGUGUGGACCACACUUGAAAGAUUGCUGCAGGAACAGUCACCCAGGGCCAGGAGGGCUCCACAAGCUGCUGAAGAUGGGCCACCCAAGAAGAAAAUGAGCCUUCUGGUAAUGGGCUCAGAUUCUGAAUCAGAGGAAGAGGUGCAGCAGCCUCACAGAGCUCUACACAGGUACAGAGCAGAGCCCAGCAUUGGUAUGGAGGACUGCCCCUUGGAGUGGUGGUCAUCUCAUUCAGGAGCCCAUGAGCAGCUGGCCUCACUAGCUCGCAAAUAUCUAGCCUCUCCCGCAUCCACGUAUGCCUCACCAACUGGCUAA